AUAGAUAGAUAGAUACAUAGAUAGAUACAUACAUAGAUAGUGCCGAUAGGGAAAAGAGAGAGGUUUUGAGUGUGAGAUCGUUGACAUGGAGCCUGUAACAUGAUACUCGGUGGUCUUUUCUCCAGAUGUCUUCUCCAGCUGCGCUCCAUGGGAAUCUUGCAUUUAAGACUGAGUACACAGACUCUUCUCCCUCACAAAGUUGGCGCAGAGGCUAGAAAGGUCCACCGUGAAAACUUGAGACACGCAGAGAAUAAGGAGCCAGCUCACGAAACAAACUGAGUGCACACACUAAUAUUUACGUGACAUAGAGAGAGAGAGAGAGAGAGAGAGAGAGAGAGAGAGGGAGAGAAAGACAGAGAAACUGAGAGUAAACCAUGCAGAAUAUGGUGAUAUAGCCUAAUUGGCUACAAGAUUUGAGGAGGGCGGACGGCCAGGUCACCGAGUGCUUUCCGGGCCCAACAACGCCCCCCUCCGUGCAAGCGGUGGCAGGCGGGCACCUGCGUGACAUGCCCGCUGGUGAUUUACAGCGUGUGCGCUGAAUGGCAUACCGGCAGGGCGAGAUGAGGAGAUAAAGCUGCACGCACAUUUCCGCGCACGUCAAUUCCAGGCUCUCCCUUGACAGUAGCCUAUAUUAUCGCCACGGAACGCAACACCCAGGAAUGGUUUCUCAACAAUCUGACGCGUCGGGUUCCAGGUUCCGCGCACUGGCAGUGAUCUAGGCGAAGACAGCUUUCUGGCACCAAUGCACUCCUAACAAAUGCCACGAUAUUGUCCCAAACAUCGUUAGGAAGCGUAACCAAAGGAAAACACGGGCACCGAGCGUCAAGCAUGAAACGGGUAAUUUAAGAGCUAUGACACAACAUCGUCCAGAUCAAGACUUCUUCAAACUUUAGAGUGAUAACGAGCAAACGCCAAGAAAUCCUCUCGGGUUGACACAGAUGAUUGUAAAGUUGCUGUAAUCAAAAAUGGUUUAUUUAACUACUUUAGCAGUUAUUUUCCCCCACAUCUUUUUUUUCUGAGCGCGGCUGUACAAGACAAAUGGCACAACUGCGCUCGGGCACUCGGGAGCGGCGGUUUGCACCAUGCGCACGGCUCCCAUGACGCAACCGGCCAGGGGCAGAUUUCCGUGAUGCUCCCGCAGGACAUGUUAAUCGCACACCACUGAGAUCCUAUUUUGGCAGGUGAUAAACUGCAGAUGACAGUCGGUCGUCUCUGCGGGCACGACAAACACCCACAAGCGCCAUCAGAUCCAGGUUGUGGACAGCGGUGUGGCAUUCUCUUGCCUGGAAAUGUUUGUGAUUCUUCCGGGUCCUUAAGCGGGCACCUCAAAGCAGUUCAUACAACAGACACGAACAGAGGAAUCCGCAUGCACUAGUUGAGUUAAUUGCUGAAAAACAAAGUGUGCUUGGGAUCACAGUGUCAUCUUGUACACUAUUUGCCCUGCUCCGCGCUGGAACACCAACGCCUAUUACUCUAUUUCAGAACAGGACCGGCUUGUGGAUUUAGCAGUACAGCUGCGAAGAAAUGUGACUUGAAGAGUGUAAAACGGUAUGUUUUGAAGAAGGGCACUAUAAAACGAAGAAUUUUUACCCUUCUCUGCAGAGCUGGAAGGCAGGCACGAGGGGAAGUCUUUUGCGGAUAUAACUCGGACCUUAGUGUCACUUUAAUUAACUCGGCUCACUGCGCGUCCUGUGACAAGCAGCACUGCCCGAGUUGGACCAUGGAAUGCGUCGAGUCAGAGACGCAUUGAUUGAAGGCUCGAAGUGGCGUUCACUUCAGAUGAGUACCUGACGAUUAUUUUGACAGAGAUUACAAAGUAGUGGGGCGAAAAUUAUGACACUCAGUCAUGAUUGUGUAAAAUCAAGCGCGGGAGACUUCGAGAAAAUGCGUUAUACUUUCCCCUUGCAGGUGUCUACGCUGCUGUUUGUGUGUGUGGGGAGUGCAGCUGGAGAGAACACCUGUGACACUCUGAUGAUGGCAUCAGGAAACAUCUCCAUGUAUGCCCUGGCAUCCGGGGACCAGACGGACCUCAAUGUCUCAGGAAUGUUCUGUAAAACCUCCAUCGAUGGGAUCGGUACCUGCUGGCCCAGAAGUCAAGCGGUUCAGAUGGUGUCUCGGCCGUGUCCGGAAUUUUUCCUCGGGGUCCGGUACAACACGACAAAUAGCGUGUACAGGAAGUGCCUGGCCAAUGGGACGUGGGCCCUGAAAGGAAACUAUUCGCAAUGCCGGGCCAUACUCAACACACAGAGGAAGAGUAAGCUGCACUACCAGAUAGCGGUGAUCAUAAACUACCUGGGCCACUGCCUCUCCCUGCUCGCUCUGCUCCUAGCCUUCACUCUCUUCCUGUGCCUAAGGAGUAUCCGUUGUUUGAGGAACAUCAUCCACUGGAAUCUCAUCGCAGCGUUCAUCCUCAGGAACGCCACCUGGUUCAUUGUGCAGCUCACCAUGAACCCAGAGGUCCAUGCCAGCAAUGUGCUGUGGUGUCGCAUGGUCACAGCUGUGUAUAACUACUUCCACGUCACCAACUUCUUCUGGAUGUUUGGAGAGGGCUGCUACCUGCACACGGCCAUCGUGCUCACCUACUCCACCGACAAACUCAGGAAGUGGAUGUUCAUCUGCAUCGGCUGGGGUAUUCCUCUUCCCAUCAUCGUUGCCUGGGCCAUUGGCAAGUUAUAUUAUGAUAAUGAGAAGUGCUGGUUUGGGAAGAGAGCAGGCGUGUACACGGACUACAUCUACCAGGGGCCCAUGAUACUGGUUCUAGUGAUCAACUUUGUCUUUCUCUUCAACAUAGUCAGGAUUCUAAUGACCAAACUCAGAGCCUCGACCACCUCUGAGACCAUUCAGUACAGGAAGGCUGUGAAAGCCACUCUGGUCCUCCUGCCUCUCCUGGGCAUCACCUACAUGCUGUUCUUCGUUAACCCAGGAGAGGAUGAGAUCUCCCAGGUCGUCUUCAUCUACUUCAACUCUUUCCUCGAGUCCUUCCAGGGAUUCUUUGUAUCUGUGUUUUACUGUUUCCUAAACAGUGAGGUGCGCUCUGCGGCCAGGAAACGAUGGCACCGAUGGCAAGAUAAACAUUCCAUCCGCACAAGGGUUGCCAGGGCGAUGUCCAUCCCGACGUCCCCGACACGGUCGAGUUUCCACAGCAUCAAACAGUCAACAUCAGUAUGAGACACAGUGGACUCUUUUCCAUACAGAAAAAAGGAAACAAAGGAAGAGAAAACGAAUGAAUAAAUGCAUGGAAGAGAAGAAAAAAGGAGGGACAAUGGAACGUUAAAGAAUGGAGACUGAAGAGAUGGAUGAGACUGAUGGCAGAGGGAGAAGUGAACGGCUCAACCUUUGGUCCAGGAACUAGAGGAACCAAAUCAGCCGCCGCACAGACCAGUUGAACCAGUGCACAUUAGUGCGCACCCCUUCAAUACCAGUUUCCAUUGUAAGUGACAGACAUGCCAUGGUCGCUCUGGGUAUAGAUGACAUAGGCCCAGGGGCACUUCUAAGGGGUCAAGGGUCACCUCUUGUUAGAGGCCCCUCCUCAACUGUCUCUCCUCCAUGAUGGAGUGUGAUCACCAUGGGCAACCAGUGAGCCGGUGAGCUUCUGUAGCAUGCAGUACCACGCUGCGUGCCACUCCAGAAAGGACCAGUCCCUCUACAGUCUCCCUCCUCCCCCUCACCUGAGACCAUAAUUGCUGCCAUCGUGACUGGGCAUUCGGACUGCAAGAGCAGAGCAUCUCUGACUCUUUGACUGAAAGGGAUCAACUCUAUGAAACAUGAGACUAAACAGGCCUUCAACCUGACUUGCAUUUCUGCUUGCUUUGGCUAGUCCCUUUUCAGUAAAUGUGCACUCACACACAGAAGGAAUAGAGAGUGGGAGGAUAAAGACAAGAUCAAAGCAGUCAGAAGUGGGGGGACAACGGUUGACCCCGCAUAGAUCAACGCUAGGGGGAAUGUGGUUCUUUUCACAGUUAGCUGCUCUCUAGGAAGGGAUUUAUUUUGGGCAGAAGCAGGAGAGCGAGCCAUCGAUCUGUCUGGGUAAGAAAAAGGCCGGAGCGAAGGCCACUGCCAAACCCCUCGACUGGACCUCCCUGCACCUUCUCUGCCUCUGCCUGCUUACAGACGAACGGGCCAGGGCUGGGCUCCGGAGCGGGCUGUGCUGUGGUUGGAGUCCGAUGCGGUGGAGUGCUCAGGAUGCGGUGGAGGACUCAUGAUGCGGUGGAGAGCUCAUGAUGCGGUGGAGGACUGAUGAUGUGUUGGAGUGCUCAUGAUGCUGAGUGCUUCAGUAAGACUUCCUGCUGACCAGCGAUGCGGUAGAGGUGCCGGUGUUUGCAUUUUUUGUUUCGAUUUCAGAUUUGGGCACGAUUAGAGACAUACUUGAGUGGCCUUCUGGACAUUGCUGUGCUGGUGGAAUUAACUUGAGAUAAUUCAACACCCCCCCACCCCCACCCCAGUUAAAAUCAAUGCCUGCACUCUGGGCUACUGCAAAAAUGGCUAAACUGCAAAACAACUGCCUGCUCGUACAGCAUGACUUAACCAGUAAAACCAAAAAGGGAAGACUUGUCUUGGUUGGUUUGAUGUGCUUGAAGCACGAGUACAGGACAGAAUAAACACACUGAAACCAAACCAAAACAAAACAAAAAGGAUGGUAUUUUCCUACAGGUUUAAACACCAUUUUGGAAGCAUGUCUCUGCAGCUGUGGUGAUCAUGUCUCAUUGUUUGUGUAAUCAAUUGAUUUUUUGUUACCAUCAUUACAAUGAUAUGGGAACCCUG